UUUCAUAGUUAAGUGUUUCCAGACGGCCGUUUUUAAAAACAAGCACCGUUGAGAUCAUGGCGAGACACCUUCGCUUCGUCGCGCGGACAGUGAUGGUCCAGGACGGGAACGUGGACGGAGCUUACAAGACUCUGAACAAGGUCCUCAGUCAGGAAGGGAUUAUCGAAGACGUCAAGCGCAAGCGUUACUACGAGAAGCCCUGUCGAGAGAGACAGAGGAAGAACUUUGAGAACUGCAAGCGGAUCUACCACUCGGAAAUGGCGAGGAAAAUUAACUUCAUCUCGAGGACAAUCAGAGAGGAUCCCUGGCUCGGCUGCUAGA